GAUGUCGACGAACAGGCCUCAUCCUCAGAAUCACGUAAACGACGUGUUUCGCUGGAAGAGUUGAUUGCUCGACGACGAGAAGCUAUCAUUGCGGCACAUCCGAUACACAUCGAUAUGGAGAUCACUUGUCAAGGUUUGGCUUCUCGAAACUUCUUUUCAUUUAUCCCUGGAGUGCGAAACUAUUCACCAUAG